AUGAGCAGUACCAACUCCAAUGCUUCUUAUAUCAAUAAACGUGAAAAAUUGUGUGGCAUAUGCGAGGAACCUUUGGACGGACCAUGCUCCAAAUGCAAAGGAAACAACCACAGUGGAUGUGCAACAGUUCGAGGUCGAUGUGGUGAUGCAUUUCACGAACACUGCAUAGAUGAGUGGCUGAAGUUCUGUGAUGUUUGCCCAUGGUGCAACAAGGAAUUUGAGUUUACUUAA